AUGGCUGGGAACGGAGGAAUGGGUGGAGUGGUUGACGGCGCUGUCAACAUGAGCCAUCAGCAAGGGACCGAAUACACACUUCAAGGUGUUAUGCGAUUCCUCCAAACUGAAUGGCACAGACACGAACGAGAUAGGAAUGCGUGGGAGAUUGAGCGUGCCGAAAUGAAAUCCAGAAUUGGCAGAUUAGAAGGUGACGCCCGUACGAGCAAGCGCAUGCACGAAACCCUAGGAAAGCAUGUUAAGAUGCUUGAAGCCGCCUUGAAAAAGGAACGGGAAAAGGUCCGGAGUUUAACUGCAGGAGAGCCUGUCAACUUGGAAAAAGACCCCAAGGAGCUUGCUAAAGAAAAUCUCAAAGUUUUACCAACACAACAACCAAAAUCCCGCUCCACUCUUGUUGAUGCCAAAAAUGCCGUCAAUCCAGAUGUCCGCCAGGACUCCGAGCGUGAGAAGUCUCGAAUGUACCUCGGGAAAUGCUCCCAGGAAGUUGCCUAUCAUAUAAUUCCAGGUUCGCAUCCUCCUCCUGACCUCCUCGAUCAACAGGAGCUAUCCGAACACGGCUACCAGAACCAUCAAAUGCAGAGAUCGUCCCUUGAAGAAGCUUAUGCACAGCAGCAAUAUCAACAUCAGCAGAGACAAAAGCUUCAACAACAGCAGCGACAGCAGCAGCAGCAGCAGCAGCAUAAUCACGUAAAUAUGGGUCGCGAACCUUCCAUGCAUCAGACCCUUCCUUCUAAUUAUUCUGAAACCCCCAAUCUUGGGCGGCCCCAAUUAAACCAUGCUUCGCAAGCACCGGUCGAGGGGCAUUCAUUCCCGCAGCAACGUUCUCAUUCUAUUUCCAUGGAUCACCGAAAACCUCCAUUUGAUUAUUCCUCUAUUGCAGACGAAGAGGUUGAAUCAAUAACCCAUACCUUUAAUUCGUAUGGAAAGCAAAUACCCAUAACUGAAUCACCUCAUCCGGUCAUGUCUAAGGAGCCGGUAUCUGAUGAUGCAGAUGGAUGGAACUUUGAUGAAAACCCUAUAAAUGAAUUGACGCCAGCAGGUGGCCAACUCCAUAGACCAGACACCAAUGCGUUUCCCAAUGCUAAUUUCAUUCCCCCAAAGUCUCCACCCAGAGGUGGUCCGGGCUCCCACAGAAGGAAAGGCUCAGGAAGACGUCGCAGCGAGGGUAAUACUGAUACUCGCGAUCUUGCUGCCUUGAGCGGACUGAGUCCCGACGCGCUAAAUUUCAAAGUUCGAUUCGCAUUGAGGGGUCAUCUUGAUGUUGUUCGAUCUGUUAUCUUCACGGGUGGAGGGAGCCCAUCAGAGCCGGAAAUAUGCACCUGUGGUGACGAUGGGACAAUUAAGCGCUGGAUUAUCCCAGCAUCCUAUGGAAGCUUCAGUUCCUACAACACCAGCUCGAACAACGAUCUAGAUAUUACCAGUUACUUUACUCACCGUGGGCAUAUAGGUCCUGUCACCUGUCUUGCAUCAUGCCCGCCCUCUCCAAAUUUUUCGAGCGGCGGUAGGGUCCUGGGGGAUGGCUGGAUAUUCUCAGGCGGCCAAGACGCAAGCGUUAAAGUCUGGGAACGGGGUAGGGUCGACCCGAAAGCCUCUCUGGAUACCCAUACGGAUUCUGUGUGGGCCCUGUGCGUUCUUCCAGGUACCGUAGGAUCUAUCUUUGGUGAUCAAUGCAGUCAUUAUGGUGGUGUCGAUCGAAUACUCCUUGCAUCCGGUGCUUCUGAUGGCAGAAUUCUGAUUUGGGCUGUGAGUACGCCGCCCCAACUCGCGUCACCACAAGCUGGAUCGAGAAGAGGAGGGGGUGGCAGCCGAAGGGCAAACUCCAUAUCCUCCGGCUCCAAUUUCCCUUCCUCUCCUCAACCAAGUACGGCAACUGCAAUUCCAUUUCACUACACCCUAAUUCAUCAUAUCAUUCGACCUGAUUCUCCAUCCCCUACAUGCAUCAGUCCCCUGUCGCUUUCUGGUGUAAGUUUUGUCGUUUCCUAUGCCGAUGCUUGUAUUAUCAUCUAUGACACUCGUUCAGGGGAAGAAAUCGUUGGGAUGGCUAGUCUGGAAACUUAUGAUGGAACUCGUUCCACUGGUGUUAACUCCGUAAUUGCAAGCACCAUGGGCUUUGACGGGACGGCCAACCUGGAUCCAAAUAGGGCUUUAGCGGAGGAGGAAGCCGUCGUCCACGGUGCCACUGGAACUAGUGGCGGAGUUGAAGGUGUCAUUAUCAGCGGUUAUGAGGACCGCUAUAUUCGAUUUUUUGAUGCCAAUAGCGGCCAGUGCACAUAUACAAUGCUCGCCCAUCCUGCUGCUAUUUCCUCUCUCUCCCUAUCACCAGAUGGGCGUGAGCUCGUCUCUGCAGGACACGAUGCAAGCUUACGCUUCUGGUCGCUAGAGAAACGAAAUUGUACGCAAGAAAUCACUAGUCACAGGCUAAUGCGAGGCGAAGGUAUUUGCUCUGUUGUUUGGAGUCAAGAUGGGCGAUGGGUUGUGAGUGGUGGUGGGGACGGAGUGGUAAAGGUCUUUUCAAGAUAA